UUUGUUGCCGUUUUAAAGAAUUGAAUUAAAAUGUCCCUUUUGAGGUACGUGCGACGGCUGAAUGCCUUGCAAGGCCAUCAGCACUGCCGGCGAGAAGUUUCCAGCGCACCGGCAAAGAGCGCCACGCUCAAAUACGACCAGGAUCCGCAGCCGCUCUUCACCGAUAGCGAAACCCAGCGCCUGCUCCAGUCCAUGACGCAACUGCAGUUGGACAAGGUGUUCCGCAAGAGGACUGUGAAGGACAACAGGAGCGAAACCAAGUUUAUGACCAAUGAGCAGCUGGAGACGGAGUUCCUGCAGAUCAUCGAGAAGGCAAAGCAUCUGCUGAAGAUGCCGCCUAUCGUCAAGAUCAAACAAGACACGGAGCGAAUCAUUGCCAAGGAUCCGGCACUGAAAGACUUUGCCACCACCAAGUACGUGUUCACGGACAUUACCUUCGGGCUGCCCCACUCGGAGCGCAAGGUGGUGGUCCGCGAGACUGACGGAACCCUGGCCUACGCCUCGCUGGACACGACCAAGCGAAUGAAUCAGCUUUACUUCCCACUGGAGGGCCGCAAGUCCUACACUCCGCGCAUGUUCGCGUACGAGGAGCUACUGCACAAGUGUCUGGAAGAGCACAAGUAUGAAUUUGUGCUGGACAGGCUCACCGUCCAAUACGAACCGUACGAAACCGAGUUUCACAAUCUCUCUGCGAGAGUUUUCGAGCAUUUAAACGAGUCGAAGCAAUUCGAUCUGCUGCGUUCCACCCGGCACUUUGGCCCCAUGGCCUUCUUCUAUGCCUGGCAUCGGUGUAUCGAUGAUCUCUUGUACGACAUGAUCCGGCGGGACUACCUACACAAUGCCGUAGAGCUCAUUGCGCUGACAUAUAAAAUUCACAAAAUUCCUGUGGAAUAUACGGAAACGUUGGCUAAGCUAGAGGCUCUACAUCCCACGCCCGAUGUGAGCGCACUCUCCGAGCUGCGGGGAUUCCUGCGAAGGCCCGAGGAGAAGCAGGGCAUCGAGCAGGAAAUCCAAACGGCCAUUGGCAAGACGGAGCAGGACUUUGCCGCCGACGACAUCAGUUUGAAGUUUAUCGAGGAAUACAUUGCCAGCGAACAUUCGCUGAAGAAGGUGCAACUGGAGCUGGCCGUCCAAACGCUGAAAGAAAUCAAUCUGGAGAAGCUGCAGCUGUUCCAAGGAUUGAAGAAAGCGCACGGCGUGCAGGCAUCAUAAGUGCUUCGAUUUAUUGUUAUUAAUUUACAUAAAUAAAUAUCGUUUAGGCCAAUGA